GCCACCAUACUCCCCACCUCUCCACCUGCUGCCCCCGGGGACAGUUGCCCCUGAGUCACACGGAGGGGAGGGUGGGGAUGUCGGGCUCGGCUAGCCGGCUGCUGGCCUGUUGCCUCUCCCAUGGGGGAGCCCAACUCCUCUUGCCACCUGUCCCCUGAGGGCUGCUGUCUGGACCUCCAGGAGACCGUCGUCAUCCUCGUCGCUCUGAUCAUCUUGGUGCAGCUGGCCCUCAGGCUGGCCACCGUGCUCUGCUAUUAUGUUUGCUGCCUUCUUGGCUCCUUGGUUGGAAUGAUCUUUGCUAAAGAGGACACCAAGCUGAAGGCUGCCGCCCCCAAGGUGAAGAAAGCCCAGACCCGGAAGCUGUCGGCCCAGUGGUCGGAGCAGGAGAUCCCCCGCCGCCGGCAGCGAUCCGAAAGCAGCUCCCCGCAACGCCGCUGCCUCCACUGCACCCUCGAACCGGUCCGAGUCACCAUGAACCUGCAGAACGAGACCUCCCCCUUCGGAGAACAGCCCCGGUUUGGGCGCCGCCUCUACCCGGAUUACCCGCCAUUGCCCUCGCCCCGUUACUUCAACUGCGAGUGUGAGGCCCGGCCCCGACUACGCACCGCCUCGGCCCCCUCGGCGUAUGCCGUCACCCGUUACCGGGAUGUCGGCUGCGGCUCCUCCGAACCCAUCCUGAGUGCCAACGGCAGCGCCCCAGCCCCCCAGACCAACGCGCUCGUGGGGCCGGUGCCUGACCCCUUCCCACGGCCGCCGGUGGGAGAAACCCCGUAUCAUGCCGCGGGAGCCGCCGAGCAGGCUGAGUACCCGAGAGUCCCCCAGCGCUCCCACCGGCCUGCCAAGGUCUAUAUCUACCCAGUGCACCCGCAAACCCCUCCAGGGAGCCGGUCGGCCAGUCCAGAAAGGCUCCACCGGCGCCGGCGGGCCUUGACGAGCAGCCAGGAAGAGCAGCCCCGUGACCGCAGUUCCCGAGAGCGGCAUCGGCGAGCACGGGAGCCUGAGCCCCACCAGGGGAUCCCAAGCCUGUCCCGCUUGCAGACCCUGAGCAACACCGUGGGUGGCCCCAGCGGCCCCGGAAUGGGCAGCCACAACAUGGGCGGCCCCGGAAUGGGCAGCCACAACGUGGGCGGCCCCGGAAUGGGCAGCCACAACAUGAGCGUCCCCGGAAUGGGCAGCCACAACGUGGGCCCAAAGUUGUCGCCCCUGGAGCCCUCCCCUGGGAAAAAGCGGUACUUGUGGUCCGACCAGAUCACGAGCACACCGGACUGGGUGUUCCGCCCAGCGAAAUAGUUCCAGGCCGCCCGGCAGGGAAGUGAGCAGGACAGGAGGAGGAGGAGGAACAGCAAGAGGGGGAAACCAAGCCCCGGGAAGCCCUGACUUGACUCCUCACCACUGGGUUGGAAAACAAGAAAUAAACACAGUUCCAUCAGAGAUUGUGGCUUGCUCC